UACGACUGAGUGCUUGUCAUUCCUGAGCUGGUGGUUGCUCAAUGUGCUUCUUUUUUUUUUCAGAAAGACCUCGAGUAGAGGGCCUGCUGCACAAGGCAACAACAGUGCUUUAAUUAGUGACAGAUAAGGCUGGAAGCAGUACAAUGAAAAAAAGAAAAAGAAAAGCAGCAGGGCUACUUUGCUUUUCUCACUGAUUGUCCUGCUUCAAUAAUUAAACAUUUAGCUGAGAGAUCAGGCUAGGUUUCUUUUUUGAAGGGAAUAUCUGCACAAAAAUGUUGGAAUGAUUUUUCAAAAACUCUUAAAAAAAGGAAAGGGAAAAAGAUGCAUCACCUUGUGCUUUGUCCAAAUGAAAGUUUAAUUCUGUUAGUGGCCUAUUUAUUUACAAAUGAAAAAUAAGUCAUGCUCUUUCCCCUUGACUGUGUUUCAGGUACAGCACAACAACUGCUAGUUAAGUGAGCGUUUUCUGGCGUGAAUGCGACUCGAUUGCAGCUGGAGCAUGUCCAUAGCAGGCUUGUCUGCCCAGGAGAUUUGUUUACCCCCACAAAGCCUUUUCCUGCGUAGCAGCCAAUGUCAUAGCAUGUCCAGAGCCAAGCCCUCCUGGAAAUGCGACCAUGAUCUUGACAACUUCUACUUCACCCUUGAACCUUCUGUGAAUUGCAAUGUCCAAUCCCGCCAACCGCUGCCUUCAUUUUUCUCAGCAAACAAACAGAAACUCCAUUCCCAUCCCAUCCACAGUCCUGCAGCCCAGCCAUUACUGCCUGAAAAGUCUCGACCCACACUGCUCACUUUAUCCUCCAAACUUGACCCUCACGCCACUAGCACUGUUAAAGAUGACCAGAUUGCCCCUGGCUUCCAUCGUCUCUCUGUAUCAGACCCACCUCAGACACCAGGCCGGGCAGCUAAGCCUCUUCCCCCACUCCCUUCCUCUGCAGAGCUAUCUUCUGACCAGACUGUUGACAGCGAUGUUGAGUUUUAUAAUGGAGAUGAUAGUCGUUGUUUGGUUUCUGAUUCUUGUCCAAAACCUUCCCCCUUUCGCUAUGGUAUGCACAGCCGAAAGAGUCUUCGGGAUUGUGGACAGAUCAAUUAUGCCUAUUUUGAAGGACCAGUGCCCCCUCAGAAGAAGCAACUGCAGCAGUCAAAGAAAAAGCAGGAACACGAGUCUCAAGAAAACCUUCUUCAGGAGCAGAGGGAGCAGGAACUACAAGAACAGCAGCAGCAGCAGCAGAGAUUGGCGUGUCAACAGCAGCAGGACCGUGCCCAGCGCAAGCUUCGCCGCUCACAUUCAGGCCCCGCAGGCUCCUACAACAAACACUCUGCCUUACUUCGCCUAUCCUGUCACCAGCGGGAAACACAUGACCAGGAUAAACCUGAAAUCCCUCCCCGAGCCCCCAUUCCCCCGAGGCCAGCUAAGACUGGUGAUUACCGCCGCUGGUCAGCUGAGGUUUCAGCAAGAACUGGUAGUGACGAUGACAGACCUCCAAAAGUACCUCCAAGAGAACCUUUGUGCAGCAGUAUAUCUCAAGCUCCUAGUCAAAAAACCUUACCUAUUUACCUCAACGGGAUUAUGCCACCCACUCAGAGUUUUGCCCCAGACCCCAAAUACGUAAGACGGAGUCUACAGAGGCAGAACAGUGAAGGCUCACCUUGCAUUUUACCUAUAAUGGAAAAUGGUAAAAAGGCAAGCACAACUCAUUACUUCCUGCUUCCACAGCGGCCCACAAAGACCAUUUAUCCAGAGUUUGUGGACAGUGAAACCAGUCGAAAGACUGAGGCUUCCAGCUCUAGCCUAGACUGGUCAGAUGACAGCAAGAAGAAAACGCACUUAGAUCUUGUAUAAGGUGAAGUGUAAAGGACAUAGACAGUGCUUCAUUUAACAAGAGAACCAUUAUCCCCGCAGUUACUGCCUGGAAACCUAAAAGACCUUUCUGCUGUUUUUAAGCAGUUAUUUUAGUUUUACCCUAGUUUUUUUUUUAAGUAGGGUAAGUUACAUAAGUCAGUUACUGAUAUUUGUAUGUGUUUUGUUCUCAAAAUGAAAGCACAAUUCUGGAGUGAAAGUGCUGCUUUGAAGGCACUGGUUCCUCUGGACAGUAAAGUCUUAGAAAUAAUGUUUUAUUUUUAGUUUCUUGUUUUGUGAAAGUGUUUUAAGUGAUGCUAUGGUGCAGUUAAUUGGUAUGAGCUGGUCUGAUACCUCGUUUUAUUCAGUGUUUUUUUUUAUACAAACUGUGUUUUAAGUCAGGUAUGGCUUUAAAGCUGCUUCUGUGACCUGCUUCUGUGCCAAUAGCAUGCUGCAGAGCUUUUGGGUAAAGUUAUUGGGACAGUGAGUCAGUAGAGCAUUUGUGUUGUGUUGAACAUGAAAUAUGAAGUAUGACAAGGCCAAGUGUUUUAGCCUUAUUGUUAGUGAAGGAUAUUCCAUUGAAAUCUGACUAUUCCAUUGUGAAUAAAUAGGCAUGAAGUUGAAAAUUUAUGCUGUUUAGCCUCCUGGAUUACUAAUGCUCUUAAAUGUUGUCUGCAAAUUGUGUGUGUGUGUGUGUGUGUGUGUGUGUGUGUGUGUGUUAGGGCUGUCAUGGUAACUCCAAAGUUUCUGAAACACUAUAAUAAUGGUCAGUUUUUAUUUAUUUUACUUGAUUUUAUUAGUUUUUAUCAAACAAAGAAUCAUUACUGCAGUAACAUAUAAUUUGCUAUAACUGAACUAGGAAUUUGUUAACACUGAUUACAAACUCACAGCCAUUUCAAACACAAUGUAAAAUGACUUUAAAAGCUGCAAUGAGUAAAAUUUUUGUAGUGCUUAUGAGUAGAGAAGCCACUGAAAGAUUUAAUUUUUUACCUAACUUGGUGUCCAUCUUUUUGUUCCCUCUUUAUUACUGUAACAGUAGUUGGAAGGGGUUUGCACAAGAAUCUGCCAUGUUUGCCUUUGUGUGCAGUAAAUAUGGGGACAACGGGUGUGUGAAUGGUAGCCCUUGGGGGACUGUUCAUAAAAUAAAUGACAGCAUGGAUGUAUACAAGACAAGUUGAAUCUGUAUUCUGACUUGAGCAUUUGAUGCACUUGGUGGCAUGGUGGUACAACUGGUAGUGCGAGUGCUGCACAGCAUCAGGAUCCUGGGAACCAGGGGUCAGUCCCUGUUUCCAGUCACUGUUUGUGAGGAAUUUAGAUGUUCUAGGUGUAUGUGUGGGUUCCCUGAUUUCACCCAGUUUAGGAUAAAGAAGUUACCUAAUAUGAUUGAAUAAAUUAAUAUGAUGCAAUUGCUUUGAUUGUUUUAACAAACGUGUUCUACUGUAGUCUUCAGAUAGUCAUGCAUGGCUCUGCUGUAAUGUCCUGCAUACACACAUACAUACAUACACAAUUAUAUAUACACAAGGCAGAACAUAAAGAACAAUAAGAUUAAAAACACCUGCAAAUGUUAAACUAUUUCAUAAACCAAUAAGAAAAGAUAAAUAUUUAGGAUGAAUAUGGGUGCAAUAAAAAAUUGGCUGGUUUACGUUGCUCUGCUGAUACGGACUAUUUGUAAUAAAAACUUCAAGCAACUUCCAGCGCAUAAUGUUGGAUUUGUUAAAACACUGGUGGGAAAAAUGCCAACAAUGCAAUGCAAUUUAAUUUAAAAAAUCCAGUAAUUCAUACAUUUAAUUUCUACGUGGUAAUUAAAAUCAAAACCAUGCUAGCCCUAGUGUGUGUGCGUGUGUGUGUCCUGUCUUAUUGUAUUCAUCUGAUUAUGAUUGUAAAAAUGGCAGUCAGUUCUGCUCACAAUGUGCAUGUUACAUAGGAAUGGCCUGAAUGUAGCAUUUGUGUUCAUUAUUGUGUGUGGACAAUAUCUGCAAUGUAAAAGCGUUCUAUUCUGGAAAUGCACCCAUAACACACGCCUGUUUUUGCUCAAGCAUUUUAAGCAAACACUAUUUGAUUCGAUCUUUCCUUACGGACACAAGCCAGCAGCGAUAACAUACUAACUUGGCUUGGAUAAACAGGGACUCCUUCCUUGUGUUUGACUACCUCUAACAUGAAUUCUGAGACUUUGUGGGUGGCUGAUAUUUUUACUGACCUAUUGAACUGAAUAAGACCUAUAAAGUUAGAUAACUGUAUUGAUUGUAAAGUAAUAAAUAAGGUUAUAACAUGGAACUUUUCUGUUUAGGAUGCCCCUUAUUGCCCAUGAAUGAAAUAAACAUGGCAAAUGCUUUGUGUUUGUCAUUGCUUUUUGAAGUGCAGCCCUCACAGUUCUGCAUUGCGAAAAAUUGUAAUAAUAAAAACGGCUAUUUUAAAGCCUGUUAAAGUGCAUUAGUCUUUGAUUAACUGCUAAUAUGCUGUUGUGAAUAGGGCAGUCCCCAGUACUACCUCCCUUAAGGAAUUAAAAAAUCAUUCCUUUUUGUAAUAUUCUAUUAUCACGAAUGAUAACGAAUAAGUAGACAAAGCAUUUUUAUCUGAAGCCAUUUUCUUACCAUUGGCCAAAAAUAACAUUCACUCUAAUUAUUCUUUCAUUUUGAUUGCAAUGAUUGUUCAUUGUUUUUAUUCUGUUUAGCUAGUUACAGUAAUUCUAACAUUUAACCUCCCACAAAGUUUAUUUAAACCUGUAUAUCUAGCCACGUUCACAUCUAGUACAAUUGGUUGACCUAAAACACAGACUUUCCUGUUCCUUGUACAUGUAUACCUAUCAGACAAGAUUGCUGUGGGUGUGGGCCUCAGAAACUUUGGCUGCUGGGCGAGUAAAUGAAAAGUUUUAUUGUUAUAUAAUAUAUAAGAUGUUAUACACCAUUGUGAUUACACAAUAAAUGUAGCAAGUGCAUCAUGGUUGGCCUGAAAAUCAUAAAACUCUGGAGUCAGUAUGUCAUCAAAGUUUUGUAGAUCACACAGGGAAGUGAUGCCACUUUGUUUUCAUAUUGUAUUGUUCUUGUUUUUUUUAUUAUUUUAUUUUACAUUUAUCAGAAAUGUUUACAUUGUACUAUUUAAUCUUUGACCUGUUUUCUGUGUCCUAUCUAAAAAUGAAGGCAAGUUCAAGAAGAAAUAUUAGAUGUUCUCUGCUGUGGUAUAGAACAAGCAAAAUGCACUGAGAGAGCAGUAUAUUGUUAUGUGUAAAAGUAUUUAACACAGUCCUAGCUACACUGAAUAGUACUAUGUGUAGUUUAGCCUCUAAAGGAAAAAAUAAACAGACUUAUUUAUAAA